CAAUCUCGUCGUCAUUCAUACUUCAUUCAUGUUGUUUGUUUUCUUUGGUACUAUUGUUUUUUUUCGCUAAUAUUAACGCCAUAAAUAAACUAGAAAGAAGAAAUAUUUAAAUUUCUUUUGGCAGUGUUCGUGUGAAGAACACAGGUGCUUUUUAUCUAGGGUACCUAUUUACCAUGGCGCAUUCGAAAGUCUCCCUUAUAUGGGAUGCUUAUAAAGGGAAUGUUUGCAACGGUUUGAGCUCUUUGCAGCAGUCAGGUGAAUUUGUGGACAUGACACUCGCAGCUGACGGCCAUUUUGUUAAAGUGCAUCAAAUCAUUAUGGCCCUCGCGAGCCCAUUCAUAAAAGAACUCAUCUCCUCAAUACAAUGUCCACAUCCGGUUGUUUUUUUAAAUAAAAUAUCAUACAAAACUCUGAGUUUAAUAUUGGAAUACAUAUACACGGGGGAAGUGAUGGUUUCUCUUGAAAAUCUGACAGAUUUAUUGGUGGCUGGCCGUGAGCUACACAUCAAGGGCCUGGAGGAUAUGAAAAUACACGACGGUAUUACAGUGAAACAGUCACACAAAGAAUCGGAAAACGAGGCACAAGAUGAUGAAAUUUGUUAUUUCGAAGUGUCAGCCGACCAGCAUAGUUUAGAAGAUAAUUCAGUGAACAGUGUAAUUUUAGGCGAUUCAUUAAGUUAUGAAACAAAAAUUGGUGAUAAUGCAGACGAUGAAACACAUGCAUUGCAAGAAAUGCAGGUCAUGGAACACACAGAAGUGUUUGGUGACAUAAAUAGGCCGGACAAUGAUGUAAAACCUGAAGUGAUGAACCAGAAACACCAAAAAAUGGAUUCAAAUGUGAAAGUGAUGCAGUACACAGUGUCGAACCAGGGCUCCCUGCAGAUGAUACUGAACCGCUUCGUGUACUACCUGAAGCACACGAACCGCAACAGCACGCGGCAGUGGCGCUGCGUCGACUACGUGUCGCACGUCAAGUGUCCCGCGCUCGUGGUCACCAAAGAAGACAUGGUUAUACAGAGGAUCGCAGCCCACACACAUCCGUUCCACGACUUGAAAAUCCUCAAAAAAGUACGUCGCGGCGCAAUUUUCUCUGCUUUACAAGACGCGGAGCGCGAAGGCACGAAGUUAAAGAUAAAAUCUGUGCACGCGCAAGGCGAGAAGGUGGAUUCUAUGCAGAUAAAUUAAAUUAUUUUUUUAAA